CCGCCCACCCUCUGGGCUGGGCCGCUCUCCAGGGCGUCUGUAAACACAGCCAGAGACUGUCAUGGAGGGGGAGGAGGAGGCAGCGGCGGCGGCGAAGGGAGGCGUUCUGGGCCGCCUCCAGGGUCCACUCUGCCAUUCCUGAACUGGUCCCUCGUCCCCGUGACUGUGGCAUCAAGGAAGCGAACUGUUAGGCGAGAGGAGGCAGUCAGAACCAUAUCCCCUUCUUCCCCUGGGGCGGGGCCGGGCCGGGCCAGGCCGGCUGAGCCGGGGGAGGGCCGGGGGAGGGAGCGCCCGGCCGGGCCGGCCUGUCUGCCGAGAUGGAUGACAGUAAGGUGGUUGGAGGCAAAGUGAAGAAACCGGGCAAACGUGGCCGGAAGCCAGCCAAAAUCGACUUGAAAGCAAAGCUUGAGAGGAGCCGGCAGAGUGCAAGAGAGUGCCGGGCCAGAAAAAAACUGAGAUAUCAGUAUUUGGAAGAGUUGGUGUCCAGUCGGGAAAGAGCCAUUUGUGCCCUCAGAGAGGAACUGGAAAUGUACAAGCAGUGGUGCAUGGCAAUGGACCAAGGAAAAAUCCCUUCUGAAAUAAAGGCCCUACUCACUGGAGAAGAGCAGAACAAAUCGCAGCAGAACUCAGGCAGGCAUGUGAAAGCUGGGAAGACAGACGCUGACAGCAAUUCCUGUGAGUGCAGUCGUGGGAGAGCAGUUAGCGGAGUGGCUUUGAAAGUAGGGUUUCUUUUGACCACUGUCCUUGGGUGAAGAUCAUAUAAAAUGAUGAGUCAGUGAUUGAAACCAAUAUUCUGAUUCCUAUGGAGGGUGAAUGGGCAGGACUGUCCUUCUUGGCUCCAUUUACUACCUGCUGCUCAGUAGUCAUCUCUGUAAAUCUGCAGUUUCUACCAAAGUGUGUGAUCAUAGAUCUCAAAGGAUUUUGCUUUAAUUUUCAACACAUAGAAAAUUUACAAACAUUCAGACCUGUUCUGGUUGGUAUUGCCACCCAUGGCAUUUAACAUGUUGCAAUGCUUGAAAGCACAGGAGUAGAGAGAAUGGGUGAAGACUGUAUUUUUGCACCUCAACUCCACAUUGCUUAAUUGGUUAAUUUAUAUUCUUUCCAUGUAAUUCACGUAAUUGUAUGUGUACGUGUGUUUAGGUGUCACUUCCUUUCAUGGUUUUGAUUGCCCUACAGAAAGAAACCAAAUGGGCUGAUUACUGACUGUAAGUUCUCAGCCUUUAUGGACCUAAUCUUAUUUCCUUACAUUUACUUGAGUCAUGUUUAUUUUCUGCACGAACCAUAAUUUCUCCUGUGAGCCAUUCCAGCAUAAGCUGUGAAUAUGUAUUAAGAAAUAGAAACAUUUCUAUUUUUAUAAUCCAUAGUGAUAUGCCUGUUUUAAAAGAUAUACACAUUAACAAAAUCCAUCAAGAAAGCCCUUAAGACAGCCUCUAUUUAAAAGUUAUGUUGCUGUUUUCUCAAAUUGUAUUGAUAAAGUUUACUAGGGCCUAAUCCAUCCUUAGAGAAUAAUUAGUCAAGUUUUAUUUUUAAACAAGAGGUAACCUGCUAGGCAUUUCAGCAGCAUAUAUCAUUUUAACAGCCCAGAGUAUAUAUGUGUGUAUGUGUUUCUGUUAUGUAUUCUCGUAUGUAUAUGGGAAGGGCAGGAGUGAAUGUUCACACACAUUUUGUUGUGUAGUCAACUAAAUUGGAGAAUUUUUCUAAAGAAAAUAGGGUAAAAUUAGCUGCUGAUUUGGAGUUUCUGCCUC